CAUGGUUCCAUUCGGGUUUCAUAAAUAAGAACGAGUGGAGCUGGAUUUACUGCUCUCUGCUACAUCACUAUCCGUGUUAUUUUUUGACGAUGCUCUCGUCGCGGCAGUCCUAACACCCACGGCAUCUUGCGUGUCCAGACGUUUUUAAUAUUUUAUUUGUUGAGGAAUUGAUUUGGAGCUACAUCAUGAUUUUCUCGUUAGGAUCUUUGACAGCUCUAGUGGCGGGCGUUUUCUCUGUGCACGUUGUACAAAAACAGUUUUUCCCCUACUUUUGGAAAGAUUUUUUUUAUUUAAUGAAAGUAAUCCGAUACGGUGCAAGACUGGAGAUAUUCAAACUAAAUUCAAAAGUUGUAACUGUUAUUGACACAUUUGUCCAGCAAGCAGAGCGAAUUCCCAACAAACCGUUCCUCAUGUACGAAGGAAUAUCGUACACAUAUCAACACAUUAACGAGCGGAGCAACAAAGUAGCCAAUGUAUUCCUCGAGCAGGGCAAGUUGAAGAAAGGGGACUCGGUUGCGCUUCUUAUGAGCAAUGAGCCCGACUUCAUUUGUGUUUGGUUCGGAUUAAUCAAACUCGGAUGUUCGGUGGCGUUCCUGAACACCAACAUUAAGUCAAGAUCAUUGCUGCAUUGUUUCAACUGCUGUGGAGCCAAGACUCUCGUUGUUGGCGCAGACCUGCUAGACUCCCUGGAGGACAUCUUGCCUAGCCUCCAGGAGGACAGCAUCUCGGUGUGGGCUGUGAAGAACCAAAGCUCCCGCCUGGAGGUCCAAACGCUCCUGGAUAAGAUGGGGCAGGCCUCGGCCAAGCCCCCCCCACCAGCAUUGCGGGCCGCCACCUCCCUCAAGGCCGCCACCCUGUACAUAUUCACCUCCGGAACGACUGGUCUGCCCAAGGCGGCGGUGAUCACUCAUCUCCAGGCCCUGAAGGCGGCUGCAGGGUUCUGGGCGUAUGGAGGUUGCCGGGACGAUGUGGUCUACAUCCCUCUGCCCCUGUACCACAGUGCGGCUUCUCUAGUCGGCAUCGGGGGAACCAUCGAGCUGGGUGCCACCUGCGUCUUAAAGAAGAAGUUCUCUGCCUCACAGUUCUGGAAUGACUGCAGGAAGUAUGACGUAACCAUCUUCCAGUAUAUCGGCGAGGUUUGUCGAUAUCUGUGCAACCAACCAAAGGCCGAGGGAGAGAAGGAACACAAAGUGCGCAUGGGGGUGGGCAACGGGCUCCGGCAGGAUGUUUGGCGGGAGUUCCAUCAGCGCUUUGGCGAAAUCCGAAUGUGUGAGCUGUAUGGCUCCACUGAGGGCAACCUGUGCUUCAUGAACCACAUUGGCAAGAUCGGAGCCGUGGGCCGCUCCAAUUUCUUCUACAAGCUCCUCUUCAAGUAUGACUUGGUCAGGUACGAUAUGGUCAGAGAUGAGCCUGUGAGAAACAAGCAGGGCUUCUGUGAACAUGUAAACAGAGGUGAGACUGGCCUCCUUUUGUCCAGAAUUGGUCCAACCAGUCCAUUCUUCGGCUACGCAGGGAGCAAAGAGCUGACUGAGAAGAAGCUGAUGAGGAACGUGUUUGUGAAGGGAGACGUGUACUUUAACACAGGAGACCUCAUGGCCGAAGAUGCUGAAGACUUCAUCUGUUUUAAGGACAGAGUGGGGGACACUUUCAGGUGGAAGGGUGAAAAUGUGGCAACAACCGAAGUCACUGAGGUGCUUGGACUCGUGGACUUCAUCCAGGAAGCCAACGUGUAUGGGGUGGAGGUUCCAGGAAACGAGGGAAGAGCCGGAAUGGCUGCCAUGAUCGUGAGGACCGGGUACGAGUUCAGUGGGAAGAAGCUUUUUGACCACGUUCUCCAGAACCUGCCGGCCUACAGCCGACCUCUCUUCGUCAGGCUUCAGGAAUCAAUGGAAAUGACCGGAACCUUCAAGCAGCAGAAAUUCAAUUUAGUGAAAAGCGGGUUCAACCCUUCAAUCAUCUGCGAACCCCUAUACUUCCUGGACUACACGGAGAAGAGCUAUAUUCCACUCACAGACAGGCUCUACGACAGCAUAUUGUCCGGCAAGCUGAAGCUAUAACACGUUAACCGUAGCUAAUGCAACCAACAUUUUUGUCUUCACAGAGCUGACAGCGAGGUAGUCAUGUUGUUGCAGAGAGGGACAGAGGACCGUCAAUUGGGUCCACUUCUCUGCAGUGUUCUAUAUAUAUAUUGCAUUUAAUAAUGAAUGACCGUCCAGUGACAACAGAUCAUUGGGUUUGUAGUGAAUAUCACUCUGAUAUUGUUGGCUUGGGUGGAACAUUAACACAUUAAAUACCCAUUCCAGACAGGGCAGCCUGAGUGGGGCCUCAUCUGAUUUGGAAACUCAAGAGUACUUGUGGGGUGUCAGUUUCACUUCCCGCUCCUUCUGGGUUUUCAGAUCUAUUCAGCUGUAAAGGCUAAACUGACUUGGGACCAGUGAACCUCGACAAUCAGCCCUUACCCUGUCAGUCUUUGCCUUUUAGUUUGCAUACGGUUUCUGCUAACGUUUCAUGUUCUCUGUCGUUGUUUCAGAGGCUGACAAAUAACCCACGUGGAUAACAACUGGGGAGCAGCAACCCCACAGUUUAAAUAGCCUUUGGCCACACUUUCAUAACUACUUAACCACUAAUGAACGUAACAGGUGUGGCUAAAGUCUGUAAAUCACCACAAAUUGAUCAAGCGCAACAUGCUUUAAUACAAAUAUGUUAGGAACUCUUUGUCGAAUGUGUCCGGUGUUCUCUGCUAAUUGAAGAGAGAGUGUGCCACAGUCCACGGGCAAUGUGCACAUUUUUGUGGCCUGUCUGUGUGCCACAUAGAUACCAAGCCCCAUCUGACGUGAGGUCGGAUCGUCCACCAUGCACUGACCCCCCCCCCCAUAGACGUGUGGAAUUUGUUCAGAGAACCAGUGAAAGCUGAGCAACAAUAAUUUACUUCAUUUUAGUUGUUUUACCGAGUCUUUAUGGUAUUUCCCUGUAUGGACGAAUUUGUACGGCUAUUUGACAACCACAUAUCGGAAACCAUAGCGGUUAAAGAUGUUUUUUCUUUAUUGCAGCACAUAAACACCCCAAAAACUAUCUGAAAGAGACCUUUUUUUUUUUUUUUUUUUUUUACACGAAAGGCUUAGGCUACUAGAAAAUGUAACCACUCAUUGUUCACUGGUGCUUUGUUCAUACUUUUCCCAAUAAACCUCAAAUCCAAACCGUGAUAUUCACAGAUCAGCCCUUUUCCAGUAUUUUAACAUUAAUUGUUUUUUUUUGGCAGAAUCCCACACACUCCGGACUGUUCCGUAACUUCCUGUCUCUAGCAAGUAUUCUAUAUUAUAUCUUCCAUUCGGUAUAUCAGAUUCCAUGGUAUUAAUAUAUCAAAGAUCUGUUCCCAACUGACAAGAUUUGUAUACAGCAUGCCUGUCAAACCUUUGGAGUUUAAAUUAAACUGGGACACAGUUUAUGGUUUAAAUAUCAGUAAUCUUUCACAAAGUUGGUUUUUUUGGAGGCGAUAAUUUGGCUUUACUUUUGUGUGUCCCAAGUGUGUACAUUUUCAUAUACACUUGUUAAUUGCCUGUGUAACAUUAUUUUACAAGUUCUAUUCAUAAUUUAAUUCAUAAACAUAAUUCCAUGUCAUACAUUUUUUAUCAAAACAUUCAAGUUUAGACAAUUAUUUGCUUUAGUAUUUAUUCUGCCCAUUCUAGAGCAUUUAAGAGUUUUAAUCCAAAUAUUUUCAUCAGGUUUUACAUUUCAGGUGAAUUUAAACAAAAAAAAAUGUGCAUUACCUUUAAAAGGAUUCGCCUGGAAUUUGAAAUGCCAUAAAUAAAUAUGCAGAAAUGAUAUGUUUAUAGAGCAGAGACCACACGUUGACAAAAAAUUAGGACUAAAGGCCCAACUUAAAUAAUUGGCUUACAUUGACACCCUUGGAUGGUAACUUAGUGCUUAGAGCAAUAGGCUAGUUAACGAUCAGAGGUUUGAAUUCCCGAGGGGUCAAGAUGAAGGUAAUCUGUUUGUGCCCUUGAGCAAUGCUCCUUAAAGUUUCCCUGGGUAAGACCAACUGUUUAAUUAAUCAAAUAUAAAUGUAGUGUGAAAUGAGAGGUUUGCAAUUGUUUCAGCGGUUUCAUUCCAAGCCCACAAAUUAAUUAAUUACUUGUUUUUAUUGUAACAUUUAAGUCAUUUAACUGACUCAAUCCAGAGCGACUUGCAGUGAGUGUGUAUAUUUUUAUACCUAACAUUAAAAUCUAACUCUAAAUCUGAAGCAAAGGGAAAAUGUUCACUGUUCUCAAUGGCUGAGAAGCUUGUCAGCUAUUCAUUAAAAGGUCAAAUUCAGUCAAUCCUGUCUAGCACGAUUAACGCCAUGUGAACCAAAUUUACCUUAACCCGACGCGAUCAAAUAUUGUACCAUAUGGUUUUGGAUUGUACUGUAUUGGUUGGUCUGUGCUAUCAUUUUAACUUGUCGUCACUCCGUGUAAUCAGUGUUUGUCAUGUUUGACUUGAAUUGACUGGACAAGGGCACAGCCUCCUCAGGGAGCCGGUUGGUAACAUAUCCUGUUGCUUCUAGAUGUGAAAUAAGGUAUGUGAGUGGAUGAAGACAACACUGCUACUGUAGGUCUGACUGAACCCUGGAAUCUGUUUAGAAAUCAAAAUCAGAUUGAAGAGUUGACUAUGUUUAUAAUAUUGUUAAUUUGUAAAGCUAAUUAAACUAUGGUUUAGUGAAGAAGAAUAUUGUUUACAAUGUCAGAAAUGCUGUGAAUAUCAAUGACAUUUAAUGAAAUGUAAUCAACCUAGCCAGUGUUUUAAUACAUUUUUCACUUCAUUCAAGCACAAUGAAGAAUGUUAAUGAAGUCUAUGUGCAGUGUUUGAAAAUCAUGUGCAAAUAGUUGAGAUAUUUGUUAUUUUAGCUUGAAUUAUACCUCUUGAUUUAUUUUAACCUUUGGUAAGCCUCACAUUUAUUUUAUUUUGAUUUUUAAAUAUGGUGUUCAUCUGAAUUUACAUUAUUCAUCAUUUAAUUUGAUACUAUACAUAUUUAAUUUGUGAAUGAAUUUCUGUUUGGUGUGUCAGGAGUAUUAACAAUUUAUAAAGCAAGUUGGAGAAGAAUGAGGACCGUUAUUUUUCCACUUGGUAUGGAGUAGUAGUUGUACCAAAUCCAAAGGGACUUAAUUCAUGUACAAUUCUGGUGGAAAAUAAUUCAACUCCUAUAGUCAUUCAGAUUUGCUAUGGGCCAAAACCAAUCUUUCCAUAAUGGAAAAUAUGACAGUUAGUUUUCCAUUAACAUCAAGCCUGUAAGUAAAUUGUUGUUUAAACAGUUCAGCUACAUUUUAGUUAGUUCACCUUUUGAAUGUGUGGCCUCAUUUGAAAUGUUUCUGUAACUUGGAGCUGAUCCCCCAAAUGUUUUUUCAUAUGUUCUUCCAUUACAGGGAAUAUUGGUUGUCCCAUUGGAGUCAUUACCUUCCAUAGACUGUAAUACAAUAUGAAAAUGUCAAUGUCAUCUCAUGGUUCUACUGGUUGACUUAUUCUUUUGCUUUUCGAAUAUUAACUCAAAAAUACUGUGGAGAUUCUGCACCUGAAUAUUAACAGUGGCACUCUCACAAAUGAGCAACGGUACCUUAUUUAGCUAAACUCAAGCGCCCUCUGUGACCUCCUGAUGUCUUGUCACCUCAAUGGUCCUGUCGUGAGCAGUGGACUUUUGUACAUACAGUAGAGAGAAUGAAACACUACAGGCCUUAUAACAAGACAUUGAGGCUCAUGCAUGCCAUUAACAAGUUAUAAAGUGCUAUUGCUGCUUAAAGGAAAUUUCUACUAGUUACAUUUCACCUGUUGUUGCAUUGAUUCUCUCAGGGUACUGUUUGUUUACGAGUUGUAUGCACUGAUGGGGGGGCCAUGCAAGCUGCUGUCACAGGGGUUUUAACACAUUUAGGUCCAACAGUGGUGUUUAUUAUGUGUUUUGUUACCAAUAAAGCCUUCAUUAACACAUUUAGCCUUAAUGAUAAUGGAAAGUCUGUGCGGUUGUGAAAAGUGAUGUGGAAGAGCUAAUAAAUGUUGAAGUGAAGUGUGUGGUUUGACCUGUAUUGUGUUAACCCAUUAAAGAUGGAUUUCUACUGGUGAA